CGGAGAUCGGGAAAAGUGAUCGAGACGCCGCUCUAAGAGCCCGAUCCCCCACAAGCUCCGUCUGCUCCUCCGGUUUAAAAAAAAUAAACCCCCCCCGUCCCCUCCCCCGACGGGAACGAGGAAGAAACCGCGCCAAACCUCGACGCCAGGAUCCACCUGUGAGCCCCCAGCAUGGCCACCAUCACCUGCACGCGCUUCACCGAUGAGUUCCAGAUGUUUGAGGAACUGGGCAAGGGAGCCUUUUCAGUGGUGCGCAGGUGCAUGAAGGUCCUGUCAGGACAGGAGUACGCUGCCAAGAUAAUCAACACCAAGAAGCUGUCUGCCCGGGAUCACCAGAAGCUGGAGAGGGAAGCUCGCAUCUGCAGACUGCUGAAGCACCACAACAUCGUGCGACUCCAUGACAGCAUCUCAGAGGAAGGACACCACUACCUUAUCUUUGACCUGGUGACGGGAGGGGAGCUCUUUGAAGAUAUCGUGGCCCGAGAGUAUUACAGCGAGGCGGACGCCAGCCAUUGCAUCCAGCAGAUCCUGGAGGCCGUCCUGCACUGUCAUCAAAUGGGCGUCGUCCACCGAGAUCUCAAGCCGGAGAACCUGCUGCUGGCAUCGAAGUCCAAGGGGGCGGCGGUGAAGCUGGCGGACUUCGGCCUGGCCAUCGAGGUCGAAGGGGAGCAGCAGGCCUGGUUCGGCUUUGCCGGCACACCUGGCUACCUGUCUCCGGAGGUACUCAGGAAGGAUCCGUACGGGAAGGCUGUGGACCUGUGGGCAUGUGGUGUAAUUCUGUACAUCCUGUUGGUGGGAUACCCCCCGUUCUGGGACGAGGACCAGCACAGGCUAUACCAACAAAUCAAGGCUGGGGCCUAUGAUUUUCCCUCCCCAGAGUGGGACACUGUUACUCCUGAGGCGAAGGACCUCAUCAAUAAGAUGCUGACCAUCAACCCAGCAAAGCGCAUCACGGCCUCUGAGGCCCUCAAACACCCCUGGAUUUCGCACCGGUCCACAGUGGCCUCCUGCAUGCACAGACAGGAGACCGUGGAGUGCCUGAAGAAGUUCAACGCCAGGAGGAAGCUGAAGGGUGCAAUCUUGACCACCAUGCUGGCCACACGGAACUUUUCAGGAGCCAAAAGUGUGGGGAACAAGAAGAGCGAUGGAGUGAAGAAAAGGAAGUCCAGUUCCAGUGUGCAGCUGAUGGAAUCCUCAGAAAGCACCAACACCACCAUCGAGGACGAGGACUCUCGAGUGAGGAAGCAGGAGAUCAUUAAGGUGACAGAGCAGCUUAUCGAGGCCAUCAGUAAUGGAGACUUCGAGAGCUACACGAAGAUGUGCGAUCCCAGCGUGACGGCCUUCGAACCCGAGGCUUUGGGGAACCUGGUGGAAGGCCUGGAAUUUCACCGGUUCUACUUUGAGAACUUGUGGUCGAAGAACAGCAAGCCGGUGCACACCACCAUCCUGAACCCGCACAUCCACCUUAUCGGCGAGGAGGCGGCCUGCAUCGCCUACAUCCGCAUCACGCAGUACAUCGACUCCAGCGGCAUGCCGCGCACCGCCCAGUCCGAGGAGACCCGCGUCUGGCACCGCCGCGACGGCAAGUGGCAGAUCGUCCACUUCCACCGGUCCGGCACCCCCUCCGCCCUCACCAAAUAAAAUCACCCCCGGGUUGUGUUCUAAGGUUCAACACAAUUUGAGAGGAGGAGUGUCUCCAUGGUGCCGGUGACCAGCUGACUGAAGGGGGCGGGGCUGAGGGCCCAUCCUCUGCAUCUUUCAUCUUUUACUUGAAACCCCUGCGCACCCCUGCUCCACCAACGCAUAUGGUAUCAUCCAACCCCUGCACACCCCUGCUCCACCAAUGCAUAUGGUAUCAUCCAACCCCUGCACACCCCUGCUCCACCAAUGCAUAUGGUAUCAUCCAACCCCUGCACACCCCUGCUCCACCGAUGCAUAUGGUAUCAUCCAACCCCUGCACACCCCUGCUCCAUUAAUAAGAAUGGUAUCACCAAAACAAACAAACAAAAAAAACUAUCACUAACCUUGCUGCUGUACAUAUCUGAGCUUUAGCCCUGUCCAAAUAGUUUUGACUCUGCUUUAACCUUUCAUUCGUUAGGCGCAUGGAUAUUUACAACAAGGUUUUUCUUUUCCGCUACAGUUUUUGAGCUUUAUUAAUAUUCAGAACUUGUGUGAAUUACCAUGCACGAUUACCAGUGACCCUGUUUUAGGGUUGCUACCAAUAUUUUCACUGGUUCUGUUGUGACAUUUAGGAAAUGGACUUGUGCUACAGAUGGAGAUAACGUUUAAAAACAAGGGACUACUCUAAACUCUAAACGCUUUGAUCCGACGGAGACAAUGGAUAAUCACUUAAUUUUCAUGUCCUCCCCGUAAGCUUACCUUCCAGUUGACUGCAAUGGUCAUUUCCAUUACUGUACCUAGCAUGAGCCAAUUUACUGUAAACUGCAGUAUUUUUUUUGUCACUAAGUGUACUAUAUCACAGUUUAUAUAUUAUGUAUAUGGAAGCCCUGGUAUAUGUUUCCCAUAUCUCAUUUAAUGUGCACCAGUCAGACUUUUGAUUAUGGCGUAUGGUCUGAAACCACAUGAGUAAAAUGGGCCUCAAUCUUAUUAUGCAGGAUCCUGGCAGUAUUAGGCCCAAGUGUUUGGUCCAACAGAAAAGUGGGUCAGUCUAUGAUUCUGCGUUUCCCAAAACACAAUUAAGUCCAUCAUAUAAAAGCAAAAAAAAAGAGAAAUGAUUCAAAUUGAUGCAAUACACCAUUGUGGUCAUUUUUGUAAACAUUAUGGGUAUAUAUUUUUAGAAUAUUUGUGCGACAGUGUUUUCAUAUAUAGAUGUUGUUUUUUUUUUUUUGUUUUUUUUGAUAAUUCAGUGGCACCCCUAUGAAGCUUCAGGCCCGGGACAAAAUCUACUGGGAGGGCCGCUCUCAAAAUAUUUUGUGACAGAAAAUUGUUACGCCCCCAUAGCCUGGGCCCCCCCCUCAGGCCCCAGUUGCCCCCCCCUUUCUGCAGCCCUGCAGGACUGUCUCUCAAUAUUAGUAAAUCGUUACAGCACUGGACAUGGCCUAAUUUAUUAUUAUUUUUCACCAGGUAUGAAAGGUUUGAAACAUUGGAAUGAAACCACACUUCCUACAGUGAUUUACAGAGUUUAGAGAGAGAGAGAGAGAAAUAGGUCAUUUCUAUUUCUUUGAUUCUGACAUUAUUUUGUGGAAGACAGGGGUAUUUUUAUAUAGCAUAUGUUGCAUUUGUAUAUUAAUUUUCUUUUUUUCAUUGGUGUGAAAAUGUAUACAGAGACUUUCAUGUAAGAACUUCCAUUAGACAAGGUUGUGGUGUUUAUUGAAUGUUUACUCUUAGGUGUAAGGUAACUCUUCCAGGUAUUUGGCACAUGGAUUGUUUAAAAUGUCACACCAGAAGUAUUUCUCUUCUCUGUGUACAAAAAGGGAUAGCAAAAAAACAAACAAACAAAAAAAAAAAACCCAAAAAAUAAUUGUCUUAAUAUUUUGGUCUCAAAAGAAGUUGUUUUGCUUGGAUUGGAGCAUGCAGUUUGUACCGAUUGUAUGUGUUUUUUUAGAACUAUUUAAUACAUAUAUAUAUUCACAAUACUGUUAUAUUGCACAAGUAAUUUUGACAGGCGAACAAAAUGCGGAUGAACUUUGAUGAUGAAUAUUAAUUUCUACUUUAAGCAUACUUGAGGGUAUUUAACUUCCUGCCCCGCUACAAAAAAAUAAUGAAAAUAAUUAAUUUUAUGAUUAUUAUCAUUAUUUUUUGUAAUCAUGGGACCAAAGUCAGAUUUAUUGACCUACAGCAGCUGGUGGUUUUGCUUUUUCACAUUUAUAUUUGCUUGCAUUUGCAAUGGGCAU